AACCCUCAAGAGGAAGUCCUCUGUUGAACUGAGACAUUAAAAGUCUAACCGCCAUAGCUAAUUUGGAUCGUAAGCAACCAAAUGAAUGAAUGGGAGCAACUGUGGUCUUGGCAAGUCCAGAAACAUAUAGAUAAUGUUCUUUGGGAGCAGAAAAAUAAAUAUUUAGAAACAAACCCAUUUACUAAAAAUAUUUAAAAAGAAGAAGGGAAAUAACAUAUGUUGAGUGCUUCCCAUGUGCAAUUCCAGUGUGAGGGCUGGAUGUUUUACACAUUAUCCCUGUUAAUCCUUGCAAGAACACACAGGAGAAGAGCAUCAUUGGCCCCAUUUUACAGACUGAGAAGCUCAGGUCAGGAAAGUUAAAGUUUUCUAGAUCAUACCCAGAAAGUAUCUGGCUCAGGGUUGAUCUGAAGAAACUAAGUUAAAACUUUGCCUUUUAGGUUACAUAUGAGGAUAAUUUACUAAAACAUCACGCUAUGCAGAAAAACUCCAAGAGGAACAAUAAUUCAAGAAGUUCUGACAUAGACUUGAACUCUGUGGAUGCUGAGAAGGCAAAAAAAGAGAGUCAAAAUAACUUUGUUGAACUGCUGCCUCCAGAAGUUACUUUUAAAAUUUUCAGUCAGCUGGACAUUCGGAGUUUGUGCAGGGCUUCAAUGGCAUGCAGGAGCUGGAAUUACACAAUAAGAAACAGUGACUCUUUAUGGAAACCUCAUUGCUUGACCGUAAGAGCUGUGUGCCAAAGAGAAAUAGAUGAUGAUCAAAAAAGGGGUUACUCCUGGAGGGUAAUACUACUGAGGAAUUACCAGAAGAGUAAAGUGAAAUAUGAAUGGUUAAGUGGCAGAUACAGCAACAUAUGUUCUUCUGUUAGCCUACCAGAAAAAAUCAUGUACCCGAUGGAUGCAGAUACGUGGGGGGAGAUUCUAGAAGCAGAACUGGAAAGAUAAGCAGAAAAAUCACAAACAUCUCAUAAAUUUGAGAGUUUAAAACAACUCGUAAGUUGCAAAAGGUAUAUCUUUAUCCAUUCAGUUUUUUUGUUCACCUUUUUAAUGUUUAACAUUCAAAAGAAAACUAAGUGGAAAAUAUGAUAAAAGUAAAGCUUUGUUUUUAUUUUGCACUUUAGUAAAAAAUAUUUUUCUGGUUUUAUUGUAAUGUGGAAAAAUCAUGAAAUGUUAUUUAUAUAAGAAAUACUGUACUGAUAGAGUGAUAUCAAAAUGUAUUGUUUCAUGUAUUUGUAUUAGUAUAUUGCAGUACUUUAAUAAAGAUAAGAGAGUUUGGUAUUUU